CCUGUGCUCACUUUCUUCUUCAGCCCACGAGCUGGUUUACAUCUUUUAACGCGAAAAAAAAGAGACCCUCCUCAUUGCAAAAGCUAACUGAUUUAUAGAGUGAGUGAAGUGAGUGCCUUAGAAAAGAGAAAGAAAACACUGGUCAAAAGCCAAAAAGUCUUAUCUUUUCUUAGCCGUAUUUGUGGGUUUAUAUGCAAAAGCAUUUUCACUCCUCUGCUAAGUUGCAGGCUGUUUUUAGCAGCAAAAUGAUCAACUUUCUGCGUUGUGGUUGGUUCCCGGAAGUCCUAGUACUCUAAAAAAUGCAAGAAGACAAGUUAAGUUUUGGAGUGUAAUCACGGGUCUCUGUGCACCUACUUGGUUUCUGUCUCUCUCUCUGUUCACAAUACUGUACCCGGUUGAUCUUCCUCAGAACCCUUCUGGAGUUCCCUUGUUUUUUCUUUUAGCGUCUAAUUGUGAGGGGAUUUCAAGGCAGUGGAGACUAAAAUGUUGGGACUGAGAGUGACAUCAUCAAGACACAAGCGUUCAAAGAGCAGCUUUCCUGAUAAGAAUAGAGAUGAGGAAGAUACCUUGGGUAGUUCUCUUGAAGCAUCAAAUCGAAUAAAGCUGGAUAUGGGGCACUUAAAGGACUCUGCCAAAACCCAGAAGAAGCAAUCUCCUACUCCCAGCACUGAGGUCCAAAACUCUUUGAAGCAAGAGAUUUUACAGCUUGAGAAAAGAUUAGAAGAUCAAUUUGAGGUUCGUCGUGCACUGGAAACAGCAUUGGGUUAUAGAACUUCCUCCCAUGAUGAUACAAAUGAAACGUCAGUGUCAAUAUCUAAGCCAGCUACAGAAUUAAUCAAGGAAAUUGCGGUUUUAGAGUUGGAAGUUGUAUAUUUGGAGCAGUACCUUCUCUUGUUGUAUCGGAAAGCCUUUGAUCAACAAAUUGUUUCUAUAUCACCAUCUAAAAGGGAUGAAAGGUUAAAAUCACCAGUAGAUACCCCAAGAGGAAGAUUUCCAGAUGUUUCCAGACCUGAUGAUCCACCAAAAGUUGAAAAUUCAGCUGUAAAGUCUGCUUAUUGUGACAAAUUAUGGAAGGAGCCUAGUGGCAUUGGAGCAGAAAAACUAUUAGAUUCUGGUGUUCAUCGCUGUCAUUCCUCACUAUCGCAGCGUUCAGCAUUUUCAAGUAGGACUUCUCCUCCAGAUGAGACUUUGGAUAAAGCUGUUCGAGCCUGCCAUUCACAACCUUUGUCCAUGAUGGAGUAUGCUCAGAAUGCAUCCAAUAUAAUCAGUCUGGCUGAGCAUCUUGGCACUCGCAUUUCUGAUCAUAUUCCAGAGACACCAAACAAGCUUUCUGAAGAUAUGAUCAAGUGCAUGUCUGCUAUAUAUUGCAAGCUUGCAGACCCACCUUUGAUCCAAAACGACUUUUCAUCUCCCAAUUCAUCCGUGUCAUCAGCAAGUGCUUUUUCCCCACAGGAUCAGCAGGACAUGUGGAGUCCAGGAUUCAGAAAUAAUUCAUCUUUUGAUGUACGGUUAGAUAACCCUUUCCAUGUGGAAGGACUUAAAGAGUUUAGUGGACCAUAUAGCACAAUGGUUGAAGUCCCAUGGAUUUUCAGAGAUAGUCAGAAAUUGGGUGAUGUGGAACACUUGCUACAAAAUUUCAGGUCACUUAUCUGUCGACUGGAAGAAGUUGAUCCUAGUAAGUUGAAACAUGAAGAGAAGCUGGCAUUCUGGAUAAAUAUACACAAUGCACUAGUGAUGCAUGCAUUUUUGGCUUAUGGUGUUCCACAAAAUAAUAUGAAGAGAUUCUUUCUACUGUUGAGAGCAGCAUAUAACAUUGGUGGUCACACCAUCAGUGCAGAUACAAUACAGGGUUCCAUCCUUGGAUGUCGAAUGUCUCGGCCAGGACAGUGGCUUCGGUUAUUACUUUCUUCAAGGGCAAAAUUUAAAACUGGAGAUGAAAGGCAGGCAUAUGCAAUUGAACAUCCAGAACCUCUUUUACAUUUUGCACUCUGUUCAGGAAACCAUUCUGAUCCUGCGGUCCGUGCCUACACACCAAAGAGAGUAUUUCAAGAGCUGGAAACUGCAAAAGAAGAGUACAUUCGAGCUACCUUUGGUAUCCGCAAAGAGCAGAAAAUUUUGUUACCAAAGAUUGUAGAGUCAUUUGCAAAGGAUUCAAGUUUGUGUCCAGCUGGUGUCAUCGAAAUGGUCCAACAAUCUUUGCCUGAAUCACUUCGUAGGAGUAUUAGAAAAUGCCAGCUAGGAAAAUCCCGCAAGAGCAUUGAAUGGAUUCCUCACAACUUUACCUUUAGGUAUCUAAUAACUAAAGAGUUAGUAAGAUGAUUGCAUGUAUGCAUUCAUGCAUAGUUCUUGGGCAUGAUGCAUUUGCAAGUAUUUUUGUUUUGGAAGAUUUCACAUUUUUCAUUGUACAAAGUAGAUAUGAAAAGGGAAAUGGUAGGAUAUAACAAUUUGGCAUCUUUUGUAAUGUAAUUGCCAUUAUGCUGUGUCAUGCAAUAGAAGAAUCAAUGAUUUCUGUACUGUGCAUUGAAGUUUGUAUAUAGUUUUGGGGUGAGCUAUUCCUUGAUUUAGCCUGAA